AUGGCCCUACAUCAUACGACAUUGAACAUAAGGGUUGUUGACUCUUUUAACUUUUUGCCAAUGUCUCUAUCAAAAUUCCCAAAAACCUUUGGUAUAACCGAGCUUGCAAAGGGCUUUUUUCCCCACCUUUUUAAUACCCCAGAAAAUCAAGAUUAUUUAGGACCGCUCCCGGAUGCCAAAUAUUAUAGUCCAGAUAGCAUGUCACUUCAAGGUAGGAAAGAAUUUUACACUUGGUACGAGACAAGAAAGCAAGCUCCUUUUGAUUUUAAGAAAGAAAUGUUAGAGUAUUGCAGAUCUGAUGUUGACAUCCUACGCCGAUGUUGUAUAGAGUUUAGGGAACAGUUUCUCCAAAUUACUAAAGUGGACCCUUUCACAUACACGACCAUAGCGUCAUCCUGUAUGGCGACUUACCGCUCUCUUCACAUCCCUUCCAACACUGUCGGAAUGGUUCCAAGCCAUGGAUAUUUAAACAACACUCUUUUCAGCCAAGAUUCUAUACGUUGGUUAGAUUUUAUAGCUCACAAGAAUCAGAUAGUUAUAGCGCAUGGGAUGAACGGGUUAGGAGAAAAAAAAGUGGCGGGAGUGUCUGUUGAUGGUUUCUGUGUGCAAACAAAUACUGUUUUUCAGUAUCAAGGUUGUUUUUUUCAUGGAUGUUGUAAAUGUUAUUCUCCUGACACCUUCAAUCCUUUAAAGGGGGUAACAAUGGGAGCUUUAUACGACAAGACAAAUAGGAUUUUGCAUCAGAUUACUUCACAGAGAUAUAACGUUGAAGUCAUGUGGGAGCAUGAAUUUCAGGAUAUGAAGAAAAAGAAUUCCGACCUGAAUGAAUUUCUCNAGAUAUGUAUUUGCCAACACCAGAAGUGGCAGCAGUGCAAUACAAAUGUGCCGAUGAGUUCGUCUCCCAAGAUUCAAAUACCAACGUCUUUUUGGCUGCGUUUACAACAUCAUACGCCCGAUUGA